AUGCAAGAUCAUUUUGAGCGUUAUGUUUUUGGGAGUUCCGACGAAACCAUCAUCCAGCUCAGUUUUGUGGGAACUUUGGGCGUCCUACUCUCCAACGGACUGGGCUUCUUUAGCCAAUCACUUGAAUUCCUCAUUGGAGUAAAGAAAAGCACUUUUAUUGGAACGAUAUUAGUCACGACAGGUCUUGUGGCAGCAGGUUCAGCUACUGAGAUAUGGCAGUUAUACUUAUCGAUUGGUGUUUGUUAUGGACUCGGCGACACAUUACUUUACUCUCCGUCGAUGAGGAUGGUUGCAGAAUGGGUUGAUGAUAAGCACCGCAGCACAGCCAUGAGCAUUGUGGCGAGCAGUACCGGUGCCACAGGACUGGUCACUCCUAUCAUCAUGAGUACGAUCAACAGAAAUUUAGGCGAGCACUGGACGUUUCGAAUUCUCGGAAUAACUUAUUUAGCAUGCAACAUGGUCGCGUGCGCCGUAUUCAAGAAAAGACGCCGCAGUGAUGGUGGUGGCGAAUUAAAGAAACCAACAGACUCACUCAAGUUGAGUAUCCUGAAAGACGCGAACCUGAUCAUAUGGUGUUUCUCUGCGCUCUUACAGUCCAUGGCUUUGUAUAUUCCAUAUCUUUUUCUUCCAUCCUACGCCACUUACUUGGGACUUUCAGAAACACAGGGAUCGCUCCUCCUCUCUGUAGCAUCAGGAGCGAGCUUUGUGGGACGCAUAAUUACAGGAGUCAUCGCGGACCGGAUCGGGUGUGUAAAUGUCAACAUAGUUUGUACUACGAUUGCGGGCAUUGCCACUUUUACAGUAUGGACCUUUGCCUAUAGUUUUGAAAGCUUGGUCGGCUAUGCUAUUUUAAUCGGAUCUUUUGGAGGAACCUUUUAUGCCCUAUUUGGACCAAUCACGGUCGCUAUUCUUGGUAUGGAACAAUAUGCACUCGGGUUCUCAUGGGUGCUGCUGGCAACGUGUCCAGGUGUCUUGGGAAGCACUAUUGCUAGUGCAAUCGAAAGUAGAAGCAAGAUUGAACCGUUUUUAUCGUAUAAAUUAUUCUGUGGUGCAUUGUAUAUUGGCAGCGCUAUUACUACAUCUGUCGUUCGAUGGCGAGUCAGUAAAACGAUUUUUGGCAAAGUUUAA